UGUGGGAUUGCAAUGGCUGCCAUCUUGCCUGCUGUAAACACUACGGAUAUACGUCGUUUUUACCAAAGCAGCGUUUUAAACAUUUCUCAGUAAAAGCCGAAAGUCCCACGUUUUGUGGGCCGCUCUCAAUUUAACUAUUUAAUUUAUUGGGAAAAAUACUGAAUUCAAGGCCUUGGAACAGUAGUUUCCCGGCGUCCGCACUCGUCUCGGCUCAGCAUACGGUAGCUGCCCUGUCUGAGAUGAUGGAUGACGAUGUGUCCAUGCAUAGGCUUGAAGGGAGUGAUCCAGCUGCUCAGGUCGGUGGACUUGUUGUGAAAAAAAAGAGUACUCCUUUAGAGGCCCAUGUAUUUCGAGCACCCACUCCUCGGACGUCUUUGCUGGGCUUGGAUCUUCUGGCAGCCCAGAAAAGGAAGGAGCGUGAGAGUAAUGCACAAGCAGAUGCCACUGAUGACAUCAAUAGAAAGAAAUCGAAGGUUUCCUCCUACAAGGAUUGGGAGGAAAGUAAAAGUGACUCGGGCUCUGAUGAAGAGGACGACGAAGAGGACAAAGGUGCUAAGAAGGAGAGGAAAUAUCGAGUGACUGGUUCUGAGACGCCCUCAAACCCUGGAGGGGUCAGUGAAGAGUUCAGACGCAGACACCAGCAGAGAGAGAAAGACAGACGUGAACAUGGAGUCUAUGCUUCCUCCAAAGAAGACAGAAACAAAGACAGAGACAGAGAAAGGAGGCGAGAUAAAGGCAGAGACAGACGCAGUGAAAAGGACGAGCGAGAUAGUGGCCACGGCCGUGAAAGCAGCGGCAGCCGGUCAGAGCGCUCGGAGCGAGGUGAGAGGAGUGAGCGUUCACAGAGAGAUGGAUCGUCAGAGAGAAUCAGCCGAGGGAGUAAGAGAGAUGAACCUCUUACACCACAGCACCGCCCAAGAGAUGGUUUUACACCUUCACGCUCAAACUGGGAUGAGGACGACAGUGGUUAUGGUAGCACAAGGAAUUCCCAGUGGGAAUCUCCAUCUCCUGCCCCAUCCAACAGAGAGACAGACCGCUCAGAGCGAAGCCAUCGCUCCGGCCGAGACAGUGAGAGAAAGGACAGGUCAGUCAGAGGACGUUAUUCUGAUGAUACACCCCUGCCUACCCCGUCAUAUAAGUACAAUGAGUGGGCCAAUGACAGAAAACAUUUGGGGUCUACACCUCGUUUAUCACAAGGAAAAGGAAGAAAAGAAGAUGGUGAGGGGGGAAUAAUGUUUGAUAAUGAGGAUGAGAAAGAAGAGUGGGAAGAGGACCAGAAGCAAGCUGACAGAGAUUGGUACAUGAUGGAUGAAGGCUUUGAUGAGUUCAACAAUCCUUUCACUUCCACAUCGGAUGACUAUGUAAAGAAAAGAGAACAGAUCCUUCAGAAGCAGACUCAGAAAAGAAUAUCAGCUCAGAAGCGACAGAUCAAUGAGGAUAAUGAGCGGUGGGAGACCAACCGUAUGCUGACCAGUGGUGUGGUGCAGAGGUUAGAAGUGGAUGAAGACUUUGAAGAGGACAAUGCUGCUAAGGUUCAUCUGCAGGUUCACAACCUGGUCCCUCCUUUCCUGGAUGGAAGAAUAGUCUUUACUAAACAGCCAGAGCCUGUCAUUCCUGUGAAAGAUCCGACUUCUGACAUGGCCAUCAUCUCUCGGAAGGGCAGCCAGCUUGUCCGCAAACAUCGCGAACAGAAAGAACGAAAGAAGGCUCAACACAAACAUUGGGAGUUAGCAGGCACCAAGUUGGGAGACAUUAUGGGAAUCAAGAAGACAGAGGAAGAAGAUGUCUCUGGAGGCAAAGCAGUAGGUGAAGAUGGCAAAGUAGACUACAGAGCUGAGCAGAAAUUUGCAGACCACAUGAAAGAGAAGUCAGAGGCCAGCAGUGAGUUUGCUAAGAAGAAGUCUCUCCUGGAGCAGAGACAGUACCUGCCUAUUUUUGCAGUCAGGCAGCAACUUCUCAACAUCAUAAGGGACAACAGCAUAGUGAUUGUUGUUGGGGAGACUGGCAGUGGGAAGACCACACAGCUGACCCAGUACCUGCAUGAGGAUGGCUACACCAGGUACGGCUUAGUGGGUUGUACUCAGCCCCGAAGAGUGGCAGCCAUGAGUGUGGCCAAGAGAGUCAGCGAGGAGAUAGGCACCAACCUUGGAGAGGAGGUGGGUUAUGCAAUCCGUUUCGAGGACUGUACGUCAGAGAAAACUCUGAUAAAGUACAUGACAGACGGUAUCCUGCUCAGGGAGUCGCUGAGGGAGUCGGACCUGGACCACUAUAGUGCGGUCAUAAUGGACGAAGCUCACGAACGCUCCCUGAACACCGAUGUACUGUUUGGCCUGUUACGCGAGGUUGUUUCUCGUCGGACUGAUUUGAAACUCAUCGUUACCUCUGCAACAAUGGACUCGGAUAAGUUUGCAGCAUUUUUUGGCAAUGUACCCAUAUUUCACAUUCCAGGAAGAACAUUUCCAGUAGACGUCAUGUUUAGCAAGACACCUCAGGAAGACUAUGUGGAGGCAGCAGUGAAGCAGUCCCUGCAGAUCCACCUCAGUGGUUUGAUGGGUGACAUCCUCAUCUUUAUGCCUGGACAGGAGGACAUUGAGGUGACAUCAGAUCAGAUAGUGGAGCGUUUGGGAGACUUGGAGAACUCUCCACCUCUUGCUGUGCUUCCCAUUUACUCUCAGCUGCCAUCUGACCUCCAGGCCAAGAUCUUCCAGAAGGCGCCAGAUGGUGUGAGGAAGUGCAUUGUUGCUACAAACAUCGCUGAGACUUCCCUCACUGUGGAUGGAAUCAUGUUUGUCGUGGAUGCAGGGUACUGCAAACUCAAGGUUUUCAAUCCUCGCAUUGGAAUGGACGCACUGCAGGUUUAUCCCAUCAGUCAGGCUAAUGCCAACCAGCGCUCAGGCAGAGCAGGGCGUACAGGACCAGGACAGUGUUACAGACUUUAUACUCAAAGUGCUUACAAAAAUGAGAUGCUGACGACCACCAUACCCGAGAUCCAGAGGACAAAUCUGGCCAAUGUUGUCCUGCUGUUGAAGUCUCUGGGUGUUCAGGAUUUGCUCCUCUUCCACUUCAUGGAUCCACCGCCUGAGGACAACAUGCUCAACUCUAUGUACCAGCUCUGGAUUUUGGGAGCACUGGACAACACAGGAGCUUUGACACCAACAGGGCGUCUGAUGGUGGAGUUUCCCCUUGACCCCGCCCUCUCCAAGAUGCUGAUUGUGUCAUGUGACAUGGGCUGCAGUGCUGACAUCCUCAUCAUUGUCUCCAUGUUGUCUGUGCCGGCCAUCUUCUACAGACCUAAAGGUCGUGAGGAGGAGAGUGACCAGGUGAGGGAGAAGUUUGCCGUCCCAGAGAGUGACCAUCUCACCUACCUUAAUGUGUACAUGCAGUGGAAGAACAACAAUUACUCCAGCGUCUGGUGCAAUGACCACUUCAUCCACACCAAGGCCAUGCGCAAGGUGCGUGAGGUGCGCUCCCAGUUAAAAGACAUCAUGGUGCAGCAGAGAAUGAACAUGGUGUCUUGUGGCUCAGACUGGGACAUCAUCAGGAAGUGCAUAUGUGCCGCCUACUUCCACCAAGCUGCCAAGCUCAAGGGCAUUGGAGAAUAUGUGAACGUGAGGACAGGCAUGCCGUGUCACCUCCAUCCUACCAGCUCUCUGUUCGGUAUGGGCUACACUCCUGACUACAUCAUCUACCACGAGCUCGUCAUGACCACCAAGGAGUACAUGCAGUGUGUCACUGCAGUGGAUGGAGAGUGGCUGGCUGAACUUGGACCCAUGUUUUACAGCAUCAAACAUGCAGGAAAGAGCAGACAGGAGAACCGUCGGCGUGCCAAGGAGGAGCUCACCAACAUGGAGGAGGAGAUGGCUAUGGCUCAGGAGCAGCUGAAAUCACGCCGGGAGGAGCAGGAGAAGAAGAGCAACGUCGGCAGCGUCAGGGCAGUAAAAAUCUGCACACCAGGAAGAAAAGAACAGACCCCCAUGACACCCAGACGCACCCCCGCCCGCUUUGGACUGUAGAUUUCCUGCUGGACGUUAAACACCGUCGGUUCCGAAGAACCCAUCAUCAUCAUCCAGACAUGGACCACACCAGCACAAGGAAACGUGAAUUUCCGGCAACCAUUUGUUCCUCCCUGCAUGGCCAGACUCAACUGCAGUUCAUGCUUUGACCACUAGAGUGAGAACUUGUAUAAGGCACAGGACUCGAACGAGAGCCACGAGCAUCCAAAUGCCUCGUUUCACCUCCAUCAGCCAGCAUUCUACAUUUUAAGGAAGACUGUGAAGGAAGACUGUGUUGUUUGUUUUAAUUUUCAGCACGCGUAUGUGUCAUUACUCAAAUGUGUCAUCUUUACACCAACAAAUACAAUUUUACCUGAAGUAGA